CGCCGUGAGCGGACUGAACACUUGAGAGCAAACAGCAAUGGAGCCGCCAAACAAUCGUGGCAACUCAAUUCGAGAGCUGAAACUCGCUGGAAACCAUGGAUUCGCGCCCAACGAAGCUCGAUUACUACGCCGACAUGUGGAGGCUCCGCUCCAAGUCCACGAUCGUCUCCUUCCUCAAGGGCGAUGAUGGUAGGAGUGCUUUGGUACUGGACUCUACGAUCUUUCAUCCCCAAGGCGGCGGACAGCCGGCGGAUACCGGCUUUAUCGCGGUCGGGGAUCAGGAGCUGAAGUUUGUCGUGGAAGAUGUCCGGCUGAGAGAUGGAAUUGUUUAUCAUUAUGGUCACGUUGAGAAUUUGGCUGGGAAUGGUGUGGUGGAAUUUGAGACAGGAAAUGAGGUUCGCUUGCACGUGGACGAACCUAGGCGCAAGCUCAACUCCCGGUUACAUUCCGCUGGGCAUUUACUGGAUGUAUGUAUGAAGAAUGUGGGACUUGAUUUGGAGCCAGGCAAGGGUUACCAUUUCCCGGAUGGACCAUUCGUUGAAUAUAAAGGCGUUAUUCCACCAAGUGAAAUAUCUAACAAGCAGAAGGAAUUGGAGACAGAAGCUAAUGCAUUGAUAUCUAAAGGAGAGGAAGUUGCUGCUGCGCUAUUACCUUACGAUGAAGCUUUAGAGCAAUGCGGCGGUUCCCUUCCUGAUUAUAUUCCCAAGGAAAGCACUCCUCGCAUUGUGAAAUUGGGAACUAAUCCUGGUUGUCCAUGUGGCGGUACCCAUGUUCAUAAUCUAUCAGAGAUAAUAAGCAUGAAGGUUUCCCAAAUUCGCACGAAGAAAGGUGUGACAAAAGUUUCCUAUACUGUGGGGUGAUUUCGGUCCAGAGCUCUUCAUGUUUGUAUCGAAUGUAUGAUGGCUUGAUUAUAGGAACAGAAAUCAAAAUGAUAUGGAGCCUAUAGUUAGGUAUGCCCUAUCUUAUCGGGUACAUUGGUCCCUUGGUGGGUGUUUUCAAAAUUUGGACUUUUGGUAAAUGAGUUUGGAAGUAACAGUUCAACAUUCUCUUAUUGUAUGGAAGUUCCAUUGUUACA